AUGGUCAAGAACAGAGAUGGCUUGCUUCGCCUUUUUUGGCCGAACAAUCUGGCUCGAUCGACUACUCCCGGGGUGAUUGUAGGCUGGAGGAAUUCUGAUCUCGAUCUUUUCGUUGUGACAGUCCUGGACGAUGUUGACAUUCGAAACGUUGAGGCUGCGCUUCGAUCGGGAACCCUCUUUCGAGGGAGCCCUUUCCCCAUGGCCCAGAUGAACGAGCUUUGUGGUCGCAAGGCAAUGUGUGUCUUGGGCACGUUCAACCACGGUGACGCUCUAAGCAAUUUUGACCUUGGUCAGAUUCAAGUUUACAAGCUGUCAGAAAAAGCUUUACCUCAGGUCUACUGCCACUCCGACGCCGCCUCAUCGAUCCAGGUAGUGCUUUAUCCUGCUCUGGAUCCUGCCCAGCUAGAGUACAUUUCCGCGGAACCAAUUGAUCUUACCUUGACUCACCGACAGCUCCUUCACGAUGCAGCCCAAGCUGAAGACGAAGUUGUUCUGGAAGACCAGCAAGAGAAGAAGAGAGUGGCAGACCUGGUGAAGAAGCUCAAAUUCCAUACUGUCAUCAGACGUAAACCGACGCAGAAAGAGCUAGCUUUGCCAACAAUAAUUCACCAGGUGAAUUGUGCAUACGAAGUGGCUGCGCUCCUGCAAAAGAACACACCCUUCGUCGGACCUCGACGGAAGCGAGAAAUGUCAGUCAGUGAGAUGGUGGUCGAAUCUGCCCAAUCACUAUACACCGUUGCUGUGUGGUCUUUGUGGUCACUUCUCAUGACAUCGAUCUACCCCAUCCUGUCGUACGCCUUCAGACUUGCUAUCGUGUUGCACAGAUGCAUAGCCGAAGGGCUACUGCAGUGUCUGGAAUUCCGGCUUCCUUUGCGGCGAGCCUCCAUUCCUGACUCGACCGACUCAAGUCCUAACCUCCUAUCAUUGAAGGACAUUUCAGCCUGCAGCCAGCAAGUUCACCUUCGAUUGCAGCAGUUUUCAUAUUAUCCUGUGCAAUACACUCUCUUAAGGAGAAGACGCGAGACCUGGUCCUCUAUUGCUGGUACAAAUUCAGACUAUAUCCGUUUCUACAACUCAUUAUGGUUGGUGGCCAACGAUGUCAUUAUCGGCAUUGCUCUUGGCAGUUUCAUCAACGAGAAUGCAGAUGCCACAGCCCGAUUUAUUGUGGAUGUUCUCAAUACAUACACUAUUGAUGGUCUCCGAGAUACCAUUCGCUGGCUCAUGUCUUAUCCUGGUGGUCUGAAACUCAACACCGAGCUCGCUGCAUUUCUAGGCGAUCUCUUCUUGUGGGUCAUUGAAUACUGGUCAGUCAGCUCAAAGUUCCUGGUUCUACCAUACUUGCCCCAGAUUGUCUACGUAUUUGGGUUCUCGGCGUUCGCAGGAGCAAGCAUGCCAAUAGCUAUCUUGUCGGACUUGUUAGGCUUGAUGACAUUGCAUAUCUAUGCCUUCUACAUCGCUAGUGCUCGCAUCUUCAAUUGGCAAUUGAGCAUAAUAGUAAGUUUGUUUCACCUCUUUCGCGGCAAAAAGAGAAAUGUCCUGCGAAACCGCAUCGACAAUUGUGACUACGACCUCGACCAAUUGCUGCUGGGGACAAUCCUCUUUACCCUUCUCUUCUUCCUGCUGCCUACUGUCAUCGUCUUCUACCUCACCUUUGCUCUAUUCAGGAUGGCGAUCAUCACUUUCAAAGCCGUCCUUGAUACAUUCUUGGCACUUCUAAACCAUUUCCCACUUUUCGCACUCAUGCUUAGAGUUAAGGACAGCCAACGUUUACCUGGAGGCGUGUACCUCGAGCUCAUUAAGUCAGAUCUCGUGUUUCCAACUGUUCGGUCACCCAGCCUUAUUGAAGAAGAGGUCGAUGCGGACACGACUAGCGAAAAUCAAGAAGAUACACCUGACAGCGGCAAUGAACCACUACCAGUAUCCAUUGCCUACAUCAAACUGUCUUCAACACCUCUAUCUAUCAAGCAGAUCUUCCAGCAAUAUUUCCAGCUCGGUGCACGUAUCAGGAAACACUAUCUGUCGCCGAAAGUGGUGUUCAGACUGCUUACUGGUCGUUUCGUACCGCCGUUAGGUCGUGGGGAGAUGUACGGAAUGCAAUAUAGUGUAUUGCCAAGAGAAAGAGCCAGUACUGCAGAGGUGUGGAAGGGAUUGUUCGGAGAACAGGAGCACCAGAACAAAGGUAUGAAUGGCAGCGCUUUUGAAGGUGAUAGUAUACCUACCUGGUUGCGAGGCAGCAGCAGGAAAUGA